AUGUUCAUUGGCUCGCCGACUGGUCGGCGCUCCGUCACUGAGGACUCGGAAGAAUUGACGCUGGAGCAGCUUCGCGCGGCUCGGAAUAACGGCAUCCCUGCCGCCAAUCACAUGACCGGAGCCUUAGCCAAAUUGACGAUGCUGGACGCGUUCGUACUUAUCGAAUGGGUCCUGCACCGAUGGCUCAGUGAGAGACACGAGAUGCAAGCGACGGUCCAAUGCGGACGUGUCGCGCGGUCACUCCAUAGGAACGACCCUGACCUAGCGGUUGGUGUAGCCCUGCCCGCGCCACCACCCGGCAUUAGGUACGGUUUGGUAGGUCACCAGCAGAUCUACAAGAAGGCGGUGAGCGCUUCAGAGCGUCAGGCUGCCUUAGCGACGGCUUGCAGCUCGUGGUUCUUUGCAAAGCGACUCGACUUGCAAGGAGACGUGCUGUGCAUGUGCGGCCUGAAGUGGCCCAGUCGGACACAUAUUCGCUGGACGUGUCCGGCCCUCAGCGCUGACCAACCGGCCAUCCCGACGCCAAGUGUGGUUUUGCUCGAGACGGCAGUCGAGAAGUCUCCGCAUCAAUUGCUCGUGGCAACAGAUGGGAGCUCGCAGACAGAAGUGGGAUCUUACGCCAUCAUUUCCGAGGACCCACCUUUCGAGUACACCAAUGCGGAUGAGAGCGAAGAUCAAUCGCCCUUUCGCAUGGAGCUGCUCGGCUUGGUGGAUCUACUCACCAGUGUAGCUGCUUUGAGCCACCUUUUCCAGCAGCUUGUGGUUCUGGUUGACUGUGAAUCGGCCUGGACGUGGCACUGGCAGCCACCUUUUCAGCUUGACGCAGCACUCAAAAAGCGACUCAACGAGCGCGCUGACAAUGAUGCAAGGAGGCACUGUGCAGCUCGCUGCAUCAGUGCCGAUCGGCAGCAGUGGGAUCUGGAGCUCACGAACGCGAAGGCCCUUGAAGACCAGGGUAAGUUUUACGUCUUCGGCUGGACGAAAGCUGGAGGCUUAUUUGACGUGUACAGCACUGGCUGCCAGACAGCCA